CGACCUCGGACGUCGGGGCGGGGCGGGGCGGGGCGUGUCGCCCAGUAACUGUGGACGCGCCGUCGCGAGGCGGUAGUGCGGCCCCGGAGGAUGAUCGGUAGGGACGUUGGCGUGGCUUCCGACGGGAGAAGGGCCUUAGCGGGACUGAGGAGCGCACGGCCGGGCUUCCGUGCGGGUUCGGCCCCGUCGGGACGUCUGUGGCCCGCGUUUUCCUCCGGCUCGGCCUUGAGUAAGAGAUGCCGGCCAAAGUGCCCCGACGUCAGAAGAACGUGACUCUGGCCGGGCGUGGUGGCGCUCGCCUGCAGUCCCAGCACUCGGAGGCUGAGGCCGGAGGAUCGCUGCGAGUUCGAGACCAGCCUGGGCUACAAAGUGUGCUCAAGGCCAGCCUGAAGGGCACAGAGAGACCCUGUCUCAAAAAGACAAACCAAACCCCGCAAUUCUUGAUUUGGCCACCUGCAUUAGGUGUACUGACUGUUUACUGAGGGAUUUGUUUCCUCGUCCUCAGCGUGUGCGAGGACCUGUGAAGGAAGUCAGGGCCAGGGCGGACUCCAGGCCCCAGCUCAGUAGUGUUUGCAGCGUUUACAAUGGAGGACACGCUUGCUUCCCGUCUAAACCUGCAUCUGUGCCAGGCUGAGGACUGGGUGGUUUCCCAGCGUGAAGAGCAAGUUUGUCCCCCCUGUUGUUUCUUACUGGGCUUUUCUAGGCCCCACUGAAGAGUCAUGAGCACUGCUUCUGGGUUAUUGCCUGUCUCAGGAGGACCUUCUAUUUCUCCUUGAUGCAGGGUCCAGGCAGUGCUUGAAUUGGAAGCGAUCCUCCCUCAGCCUGGCAAGUGCUGAAAUGACACACGUGGACCACCUCGCCUGGCUGAAUCCCGCUGCUGAUGAGUAGCGGGCUGCGGACGCCUGGAGUUGGUUUCUGUCUCUGUCCCUCUGGUGGUCUCUGUGGUCCUCUCUCAAUAUUGUGCUCUCCAACCCCGUCAUGAACGGAUGUCCUGGCUGCAACACCUGGCUGAAGCUAAUGACCGUGACCUCCAGAAUGUCACCACCUCCUGGGCCCAGCUGGCUGAAAGCCCUUCCCACUGUGCGGGUCUGAGGGUGCAGAUGGCCUCAUCAGGGUCCCCUGACCGUGCUCCGCCCAGCUGGAGACCUGGAGAGGCCAGUUCGGGAACACUUACAGGUGGACGGGCAGUCGGAGCUGAAAGCCAGCGAGGAGGAGAAGGCCGUCCCGGCGCUGCCACCCAAGCAAGCGUGCCAGUGCCACAAGGAGGACUUGGCAAAGACGUUUGCUGUAGACCUGGACACCGGCCUGUCCGAGUUUGCCGUGACGCAGCGCAGGCUGGUCCAUGGCUGGAACGAGUUUGUCUCCGACAGCACGGAACCCGUGUGGAAGAAAUACCUGGACCAGUUCAAGAACCCCCUGAUCCUGCUGCUGCUGGGCUCUGCCGUGGUGAGCGUGCUCACCAAGCAAUACGAGGACGCGGUCAGCAUCACCAUGGUGAGCGGCAGCGACGCGGGCUGCCCGGGCCUCGCUUACGCUGCCAGGCUGUGCUCAUCGUGGCCACCGUCGCCUUCAUCCAGGAGUACCGCUCGGAGAAGUCCCUGGAGGAGCUGACCAAGCUGGUGCCCCCAGAGUGCCACUGCAUGAGGGACGGGAAGCUGCAGCACCUGCUUGCUCGGGACCUGGUUCCUGGGGACAUCGUGUGCCUCUCCGCCGGAGACCGGAUCCCCGCAGACAUCCGCCUCACCCAGGUCACAGACCUCCUGGUGGAUGAAUCCAGUUUCACCGGAGAGGUGGAGCCGUGCAGCAAAACAGAUGACCCCUUGCCGGGCGGCGGGGACCUCAGCGCCCUGAGCAACAUCGUCUUCAUGGGGACCCUGGUGCAGUGCGGGAAGGGCCAGGGAGUGGUGAUCGGGACGGGGGAGAGGUCUCAGUUCGGAGAGGUGUUCAAGAUGAUGCAGGCUCAAGAGACACCUAAAACGCCUCUGCAGAAGAGCAUGGACCGGCUGGGCCGGCAGCUGACCCUCUUCUCCUUCGGCAUCAUUGGCCUCCUCAUGCUCAUCGGCUGGGUGCAGGGCAAGCCGCCGCUCGCCAUGUUCACCAUCGGGGUCAGCCUGGCCGUGGCGGCUAUUCCCGAGGGCCUGCCCAUCGUGGUCACAGUGACGCUGGUUCUGGGCGUGCUGCGCAUGGCCAAGAAGCGGGUCAUCGUGAAGAAGCUGCCCAUCGUGGAGACGCUGGGCUGCUGUGACGUCAUCUGCUCUGAUAAGACGGGGACUCUGACGGCCAACGAGAUGACGGUGUCCCAGCUGGUGACGUCUGACGGGCUGCGCGCGGAGGUCAGCGGCGUCGGCUACAGCAGUGCAGGGACCGUGUGUCUCCUCCCAGCCAAGGAGGUCCUCAAGAAGUUCGCCUGCGUGUCUGUGGGGAAGCUCGUGGAGGCGGGCUGCGUGGCCAACAAUGCUGUCAUCGGGAGGAACACGGUGAUGGGGCAGCCCACGGAGCGAGCCCUGCUCGUGCUGGCCAUGAAGAUGGACCUGGGCGACAUCAGAGAGGCCUACGUCAGGCAGCAGGAGAUCCCGUUCAGCUCUGCGCAGAGGUGGAUGGCCGUGCGCUGCCGCCCGCGGGCCGAGGACCAGGGAGACGUUUACUUCAUGAAGGGGGCCUUCGAGGAGGUGAUCCGCUCCUGCACCACCUACAACAAUGGGGGCAUCGCUCUGCCCCUGACGCCCCAGCAGGAGGCGCUCUGCCUGCAGGAGGAGAGGAGGAUGGGGUCGCUCGGCCUGCGAGUGCUGGCGCUGGCGGCGGGGCCGGAGCUGGGGAGCCUGACCUUCCUGGGGCUCGUGGGCAUCAUCGACCCCCCGCGGGAUGGCGUGAAGGAGGCGGUCGGCGUGCUCUCCAGGUCGGGGGUGUCCGUGAAGAUGAUCACGGGGGACGCUCUCGAGACGGCCUCAGCCAUAGGCAGAGACAUCGGUCUGUGCAACGGGGAGCUGAGCGCCAUGUCGGGGCAGGAAGUGGAGAGCAUGGAGCCGGACGCCCUGGCGGGCCGCGUCAAGGAGGUGUCUGUGUUCUUCCGGACCAGCCCGAAGCACAAGCUGAAGAUCAUCAAGGCGCUGCAGGAGUCGGGGGCCGUCGUAGCCAUGACGGGGGACGGAGUGAACGAUGCGGUCGCCCUGAAGUCCGCAGACAUCGGGAUCGCCAUGGGGCAGGCGGGCACGGACGUCAGCAAAGAGGCCGCCAGCAUGAUCCUGGUGGAUGACGACUUCUCGGCCAUCAUGAGCGCGGUGGAGGAGGGGAAGGGGAUUUUCCACAACAUCAAGAACUUCGUGCGGUUCCAGCUGAGCACGAGCAUCUCGGCGCUGGGCCUCAUCACGCUGUCCACCGUGUGCAACCUGCCCAGCCCGCUCAACGCCAUGCAGAUCCUGUGGAUCAACAUCAUCAUGGACGGGCCGCCGGCGCAGAGGUCUCAAACACGCUGCCUCUGUCACCAGGCCCAAGGGGGGCAAAGGCCUGGGUUGGGUCCCCAGAGCCAGGCUGGCACCUGUGUGCCCACAGGGCUGGCAGAGGCGGGGGGCCAGGGUCCGCUGUCCCCCAGGGCCCUGGCUCAUCUCCGUGGCGUCUGUCCUGUUCCGAGCAGCCUGGGUGUGGAGCCUGUGGACAGGGACACCCUGCGGCAGCCGCCCCGGAGCGUGGAGGAGACCAUCCUGAGCCGCGCGCUGGUCCUCAGGGUCCUCGUGUCGGCGGCCACCAUCCUCAGCGGGACCCUCUUUGUCUUCUGGAGAGAGGUCCCCGAUGACAGAGGCAGCUCGCCGCGCACCACCACCAUGACCUUCACCUGCUUCGUGCUCUUCGACCUCUUCAACGCCCUGACCUGCCGCUCUCAGACCAAGCUGAUCCUGGAAGUCGGCUUCCUCAGGAACCGCAUGUUCCUCUACUCGGUCCUCGGCUCGCUGCUGGGCCAGCUGGCCGUCAUCUACGCCCCACCCCUGCAGAAAGUCUUCCAGACGGAGAACCUGGGCGCCCUCGAUCUGCUGUUCCUGACGGGGCUGGCCUCAACCGUCUUCAUCCUGUCGGAGCUCCUGAAGGUCUGCGGGAAGUACUGCCCCUGCCCCGGCCCAGCCCAGGAGCCCCCCGGGGCGCCCUGACGCCGCGCCGUCCGCAUCUGUGGCCUGGGACACGGGGAGGGGUAGGCAAAGCUGUGUAUUUAUUAAAUCACAACGGUUUUUACUAA